AUGACUGUCGGUCGUUCUAAACUUGUUCGAGAUGUUCUUCAUCUAUAUGCUGACUAUAUGCGUUUAAGUCGACAAGUACAAGGUUUAAGAGAUAUAGCACGUACUGAAUUCAAACAAUAUAAACAUUUAAAACCAAAAGAUAAUUUAAUUUACAUCGAAUAUCUUCUUCGACGAGGUAAAUCACAAUUAGCAACACUUCAAGGUCAAGGUGUUAAAUCAAUUAGUUUAUCAUCAAAACCUCGUGAACAAUGA